AUGUUCAUUUUCUCUAAAUACACACCCACGGCAACUAAAAGAAGUCUCACUGUCCUGUUAAAAAGAUUUUACGCAAGCAGCGGUGGUGUCCCACCAUUUACUAAAGAAACUGCGAAUUCCAAAGUGAAGAAAGCGCAAAACUUGUGGAAUACUAAGGAUCCGUAUAAAGUUGUUAAUGCUUAUACUAAAGAUUCUAUCUGGCGCAAUCGUGAUAAGUUCUUCACCGGGCACGAUUCAAUCAUUAAGUUCUUGAAGGACAAGUGGUCAAAGGAGUUAGAUUAUAGAUUGAGAAAGGAGUUGUUUUCGUGGACGGAUAAUAAGAUUGCAGUAGAGUUUUGGUACGAGUAUCACGAUCAUCAGAAGCAGGCAAGUAUAUUAGUUUGCACACUAAGUGUAUUAAGAAGAGCGUUGGUUAAAGAUGGUGUUGAUGUGGAUGAUGUUGAGGUUCCAAUUUAG